AUGCCCUGGUCUGAGAAAUCUCCUGGUCAUUACACCAGACCCAUUGGAGAAAAUGAAUCUAUGAUCAAAACAAUCGGAGAGCGCGGUCUCCCUCUCAACCGCGAGCAUUGGUCCCUCAGUUUCUCUGCUCAAUUCAAGUCAAGGUCUAAAAAAGACGUCGACAUUUUUGUCAAGCUGCACAAAGCAUGGAAGGUUCUACGCUUCAAUAAUCCCAGCCUUGCCUCCACAGCCGCAGAUGGUCUCCUCCACUACACCGUUCCUGAUACUCAAAGUCUGGACAAAUGGACUCAAGAUACUUUCUUCGUCAUUGAUGAGGAUCAUAUCACCCCAGAGGAGUUGAUUGCCAGUUUCAAGCCUGGUCCUUAUGUCACAUUACACUAUCUACCUCGUCACUCCCAGAUAAUUAUACACGCAUCCCACUGGCGCACAGAUGGUAUCGGUGCAAUCCAAGUCCUUGACGCCUUCUUCGAAGCAGCCGCCUCUAACCAGGAUCCACAAACAUUACCUUGGGGCCUUGAGGUUACUCGACUCGUUCCUAGUGUUGAAGAAGCCUUGAAUAUACCAACUACACCAUCCCCCGAAAUAAAAGCAGAAGCAGAGAAGUGCAUUGCCACCAUUGCUCUGACCAGAGGCGCCAUAGGAGUCGAUUAUCUGGGGGACAGUACCACUCUACCAGCAGGGACUCGGAGCGCUCGACUGCGUCUGUCCGAAUCCACAACUGAAGCAAUCAAGGAAGCAUGCAAGGCGAGAAACAUCAGCAUCAUUGCUGCCGUGCACGCCGCCAUUGCUGCGGUCAACUAUGCCGCUGCUCCUGAAGAAUGCAAGAAAAAGCCUUACACCAGUACGAUAAGAACUACACUGAGGUCCUAUCUACCAGAGCCAUACAACACUCCUGCAUAUGCGUGUGGGUUGUAUACCAGUGGACUUAUGUUUCAGGUUCCUGCUUCACAGUCCUGGCUUGACAAUGCUGAGCAGUAUCACCAUCAGUAUGAAUGUGUUCUAUCUUCCGAAUUCAUUCAAGCACGGAGAGAAUAUGCCAGUCAAAUGCUUCAGAUCCUUAGCAUGCCCCUACCAGUCCCCCUUCCCACCCCUUCCGAAGUGGAUAUUUCCAGCAUUGGAGAUGCAGAAUUGCUAAUGAAUCGUACAUAUGGAACAGAAGAUGAUGGAAUAGACGUUCUUGGAAUCAGUCUCGGAGUCGAAACCUUGACGCGGCAGAUGUACACUUUCGUCUGGAUCUUCAGAGGGCAGCUCGAGUUCAAUUUGGUUUACAAUGAGGCUUAUCAUGACGCUGCAUCAGCUGGCAGGUUAUUGGUUCUUUUGGAAGACAUUUUGGAAACCGAGUUAAAAAAUGCCAACUAG